GGGCCGGGAGCGGCCGGAGCGCGGCGCCAUGGCGGGGGCGGGCGGGGCCGGGACGGCUGGCCAUGGAUGAGCUGCGCCUGCACUACAGGUUCCUCAGCUGGCGGCGCCGCAUCCGCGAGAUCCGCGAGGUGCGGGCCGGGCGCCAGGAGCGCUCCCGGCACAUCCUGGUGGACGGCGACACCCUCAGCUACCAUGGGGACUCGGGCGAGGUGGGCUGCUACGUGGCGCCGCGGCCGCUGACCAGGGACAACAACUACUUCGAGGUGUCGAUCGUGGACAGCGGCGUGCGCGGCACCAUCGCGGUGGGGUUGGUGCCGCAGUCGUACAGCCUGGACCACCAGCCGGGCUGGCUGCCCGACUCCGUGGCGUACCACGCCGAUGACGGCAAGCUGUACAGCGGCCGGGCCAAGGGCCGGCAGUUCGGCACCAAGUGCAGCUCCGGCGACCGCAUCGGCUGCGGCAUCGAGCCGGCGUCCUUCGAGGUGCGCACGGCGCAGGUCUUCUUCACCAAGAACGGGGAGCGGGUGGGCUCCACGGUGAUGCCGCGCGGCCCCGAGGGGCUGUUCCCGGCCGUGGGCAUGCACUCGCUGGGCGAGGAGGUGCGGCUGCACCUGCGGGCAGAGCUGGGCACCGAGCAGGACGAGGGCGCCAUGAUGGUGGUGGACAGCCACGAGGACGAGUGGGGGAGGCUGCACGACGUCAGGGCCUGCGGCACGCUCCUGGAGUACGCGGGCAAGGGCAAGAGCAUCGUGGACGUGGGGCUGGCGCAGGCGCGGCGCCCGCUGAGCCCCCGCAGCCACUACUUCGAGGUGGAGAUCGUGGACCCGGGCGAGAAGUGCUACAUCGCGCUGGGGCUGGCACGCAAGGACUACCCCAAGAACCGGCACCCCGGCUGGAGCAGGGGCUCGGUGGCGUACCACGCAGAUGAUGGGAAAAUUUUCCACGGCAGCGGCGUGGGGGACCCCUUCGGCCCCCGCUGCUACAAGGGCGACAUCAUGGGCUGCGGCAUCAUGUUCCCCCGCGACUACAGCCUGGACAGCGAAGGGGACAGCGACGACCCCAGCGACACGGCUGAGGUGAGGCCGAAGGCUCGGGGGGUGCGCAACGUCACCUACCUGCACCAGGAGGAGGAGGAGGAGGAGGAGGAGGAGGAAGAUGACGGCGAGGACACGGAGCAGGAGCACGGCGGCAGGAAAGUGGUGGUGUUCUUCACCCGCAACGGGAAGAUCAUCGGCAAGAAGGAGGCGGCGGUGCCGCGGGGGGGCUACUUCCCCACCGUGGGCAUGCUGAGCAGCGGCGAGAAGGUCAAGGUGGACCUGCACCCCCUCAGCGGGUAGCCCCCCCGCGACCCCCCCGGGACGCCCCCACAGCACCAGGGGCGUGGCCCCCCCCCCCCGUGCUGCCCCAGGGGUCCCUAUCCAGCCCCAUGUCGCCCCCCUGUUGGGGUUGGGGGGGGUCUCUGUGUCCCUCCCCCUUCCUGGGGGGGCUUCUGGGUUGUCCCCCCUCUUCCUGGGGGGGGUCUCUGUGUCCCCCGCCCUUCCUGGAGGGCUUCUGUGUUGUCCCCCGGGGGGGGCACAUUUAAGGGUAGGUGGGUGUUGUUCCCCCCCCCCCCCCCCAUCCAUGCUGUCAUUGUCCCCUUUUCAUGAAUGUACCCCCCCCGGGGGGGCUCCAGCCCUGUUCCCCCCCACUAGCUCUGCUUUGGCUGGGGGGGGGGGUCACAAAGGGCUGGCACCCCCCCGACCCCCCCCCCCUCAUGGCGCAUUAAGGAGACGCUCGGUGCUUCUGGGGCUGUUUGCACAUGGUUAAUAAAUGGGGGGCGGGGCUGGAGGCGGGGGCGGGCAGGGCUCUGUGCCCCCCCCCAGCUCGGUGCCCCCCCCAUACGCAGUACGUACAUGUAUUAGA